CGGGGAAUAGCGAGUUUGUUUUCUUUCGCCGUCUUUCUCCUCUAAAUUUUUUCCUUUCCGACUCUGCGGAUCUCUUUCCCAGUUGGGAUUUCGCCGGAGAAUCUCUUUCGCUCCGAGCUCCGGGAAUCAUUUCUUUCUGAGAUUCGAUGGCUCAAGCCGUUGAAGAAUGGUACAAGCAAAUGCCUAUUAUCACCCGUUCCUAUCUCACGGCUGCUAUUGCUACCACAAUUGGUUGUUCUCUUGAUAUUAUCUCUCCGCAUCAUCUUUACUUGAACCCUAUCCUUGUGGCCAAGAAGUAUCAGUUCUGGCGUCUCAUUACCAACUUCUUGUUCUUCCGUAAAAUGGAUUUGGAUUUUUUGUUUCACAUGUUUUUUCUUGCCCGAUACUGCAAACUUCUGGAAGAAAACUCUUUUAGGGGAAGGACAGCUGAUUUCUUUUAUAUGCUCUUAUUUGGGGCCACGGUGCUGACUGGAAUUGUUUUGGUUGGGGGAAUGAUACCUUACUUGUCUGAGUCAAUUGCUGAAGUUAUAUUCCUUAGCAACUCUCUGACGUUCAUGAUGGUUUAUGUGUGGAGCAAACAGAACCCAUUCAUCCAUAUGAGCUUUUUAGGCCUCUUUACUUUCACGGCAGCUUACCUGCCCUGGGUUCUAUUAGGAUUCUCUGUACUUGUGGGGGCCAGUGCUUGGGUGGAUCUACUGGGUAUGGUUGCUGGCCACGCAUACUAUUUUCUUGAAGAUGUGUACCCACGAAUGACAGGUCGUCGACCAUUGAAAACCCCAUCCUUUAUCAAGGCAUUGUUUGCUGAUGAAGCUGUUGUAGUGGCACGACCUGCGGAUUUGAGAUUUGCGGCCCCCGCUGCUGAGGAUAUUCAUCAAGAUUAGUUUGUUAGACACUUGAACAAAUCUAGUGAUCCAUCUUUUGGGCAUUCAUUCACCCUAGAAAGGAGCAACCCCUGAUGACGAGGAAUUGUAAUUUUCAUCUGUAACAUAGCAUAACCAAAUCUGGCUUUAUUUUCUCCCCCCCGUUUUUGGUAUUGGCUUUGUGCGAUAGUGAUUUGAAUCUCAAUUUCAUUUGCAUUGGAAUUUCUUGAUUCAAAAUUAUGCAAAUGAAGACUAAUUUAACCCA